AUGGAUGAUAAACAAGAAUGGAUUCAUAUAAAGCUGCCUAAAGUUCAAUCCAUUAUUAGAAAAGUAUCUUCGAAGCAUUCUCAUGGAUGGAUAAGAAUAGAUGUUAUACUAGAUAACCCAAACGAAGUAAUAGAAAGAUGGUAUAUAAUUAAUACACCAUCACCAGCAAAAUCAAGUCCUUCUGCAACAGAUGAGAGCAAAAUUUUGAUAUAUCAUAAAAUUCAAACUCUUCUUCGAUCUUUAUAUUCGAUUUUAAAUCUUUUGCCCGCAAAAACUCUAGAUCUUACGCUUUCAAGGUUUACCAAGCGCCCUCGUAAUAUUUCUCUUUCAUUGACGCCUCUAUCUGACUUUCCUGUCGACGAACCUCCGAUUGAAUGUCCAUUAACUUACAACUUUCCAGAAAUACAAACUCCAUACGGAUCCUUACUCAUAAGAUGUGUUUAUAUGAGUAAAGUUGAUUUACUUAUUCCAAAUCUUAAGAAACCUUUAUCUGCUUCAGGAAGCUAUUCCUCGCAAAUAAUCUCGCCAAGGAUCGUUCCUGAAAAGUCAAAAGACUUCUUAAGCGAUAGCUGCGCCCAUUUGGAUUCAAUUGAAAAAAGUAUCUCGAAAUCAAGAGAGGAUUUAGCACAAAGCUUCAAUCAGACGCCAGUUGACAUAUCAGAAUUCGCAAAAAUCGUAGAAAGUACUAAUUUCGAUGACAAAACUGAUGAUGUCCAAGAAAUCCAAGAGAGAUACAAAUUUAUCAAAGUGGAAGUUGACUCCAUUUUAUCAGAAUGGAGUGUUUCUGGUUAA